GUGUGUGUGUGUAGAAGUGGUUGAGGGAGCGGCCGCCAGGUGUCAGUGUGGUAGCGGGCGCACGAUACACUCCACGGCUACACCUUCACCGUCUCCCUCAAGAUGCCUAGCAUUAAGCUUCAGAGCAGUGAUGGCGACACCUUUGAGGUGGACGUAGAAAUUGCCAAGCAGAGUGUCACCAUAAAAACUAUGUUGGAGGACUUGGGAAUGGAUGAGGAUGAAGAGGAGGUGGUGCCCCUUCCAAAUGUAAAUGCAGCGAUUCUCAAGAAGGUAAUUCAGUGGUGCACGUAUCACAAAGAUGACCCACCUCUUCCUGAUGAUGACGACAACAAGGAAAAGAGGACCGAUGACAUCUCAUCUUGGGAUGCAGAUUUUUUGAAGGUUGAUCAAGGUACUUUGUUUGAAUUGAUCUUGGCAGCCAACUACUUGGAUAUCAAAGGCCUUCUUGAUGUUACAUGCAAGACUGUUGCCAACAUGAUCAAGGGCAAGACACCUGAUGAAAUUCGUAAAACCUUCAACAUCAAGAACGAUUUUACGCCCUCUGAAGAAGAACAGGUCCGCAAGGAGAAUGAGUGGUGUGAAGAGAAGUAAGAGCAUUCAUAGCCGUUCUGGACACUUGAUUAUACACAUCCUCAGCCUUAGUGAAGAAAUGUGAAGACUAUAGUGAUUGUAUAGUCAUUGAAUAUCUGAAUAUUCAUGGAAAUGAAUGGAUUACUUGGAAUGGGAUGCAACUAAGUGAUUUAGAUAUGACAUUGUAUGUAAUGUCCCCUUUUACCUAUUACACAAUGAAGUUUGUCUCGUAUAUAAUUAUUUGAAGUCUAUGCUAUGUUCAUGUCGGUAAGAUGACAGUAAUGGAAUUAUUUUCUUCUUAUGUUGACUAGUUAAAAAAAUAUAUAUACAAGUUCAUUUGAAUCAGGAUAUUGAGUGAUAGAAAAGAUUUAAUUUAUUGACUAGUAUAGCAGUGAUGAAUCCAGCUGAAAUUAAAAAAAUAUAUGCAUUAUCUGUGUGUAUUUGUCACAAUUUGAAUUUCAUCCAUCUGUCCAUUGCUUAUACAUUUAUGCAUGUAUAAUAUUCGAGGGCAGUUCUUAGCACGUAUAGUGUCGGUAAAUGGAAAUUAAUGUACUUUACUUUUAAAUGUGAUAAUGCAUUUUGAUAUCUUAGUUCAGAAAAGUCUUAUCAUAUAGAAAAUACAGCAAUUCACAAACUGUUAAUGAAGUUUGUAAAAUACAUAGUGUUCUGAUUUUCUUGUUACACUAUUCCUUUGUAAGUUAAGUGUGCCUUAUUUAUUGGUUUACAUGUUCUGUAUUAGUGUUCAAUUUAUAAAAUAUAUUGAUCAAAAUAACAUUAAUCCAGUGUCUUUCUCAUUUAAACAUAUGGCUUUAUUAGUCAACAAAAUUAUAUAACUUCUCCUACUCCUCAAUGUUUCUUCAAACAUGUCCUUUGUUUUCAUUUUUUUGUAUACAUGAAUACCAGCAGCUUUUAUUAGAGGUCUAUAAAUAAACCCUCUGUUUUCA